AUGACCACGUGGUUUCCUGACGUCAUCGACCUCAUGAUGAGAGACGAGUGCUCUGUCCGCUACAAAUCAGACCAGCUGAAAAACUUCUACAACUGCGUGUCUGUUUUAUUAUCCAAUCAGAUUAAAGAGUUCCUUCGAAAUGGAAUAGCAAAAUGGACCAACUUGUUCCUCCCCGAGAACUCAGAUUUCCUACCCCUUUUCAAGGUCGAUUUGGUAUUGGAUGACGAAGGCAUGCAGUUUUUGCCACGCUAUGAGCAAUUGGAGAACAGUUUGGUGUCUGUUAUUGAUGAAGUUGCAUCUCGUAUGCAAAACGUGCAGACGCUGCAGUCGUGGAUGGCGUCUUCUUUCGCCCAAAACAGUCCACCCCAGUUUGUGAACACUCAAUUGAGCGAGGAGCUCCUCAAUAUACACAAGCAGACAGUGAUCAACACUGUCAAAGAAAAGUUCAAACACGUAGACGAAUACCUGAAGAUGCAAUUUGUUGACAAGUUCAGCUACCUGAUAGACGGGGAAGCAGCACAGAGUGUGCAGAAGUUCCUCAAUGAUCCCGAGCAGACAUUUGCCACUAUUGAGAAGGAAGCACAGUCGUUUUGGAAAACUUGUAACGAGAUCCGAAUCCUAGACGCCAUUCACACCGUCUCUCUCUUUGAAAUCGGAUGCCAGGACAUCAAAAGAGGUCUAUGCGACAGAGCCAAAAAUUUCGCAGGCAUAAACCUGAACAAACUGGUCGAUGAAAUUCGGAAAACUAACCAAGGCAUUUGCACGGCUUACAACGAAAUUGAAGACGUGUGUCUCAAGAGUGCAAAAACUACUGAGGAACUUAUGGAACAGUUGUCGUUUGUUGAAAACGCAAGAAGUAUUGGAUCUUUGCAGCUGACUGACAAAAUUAAAAUGACCUUGAAGCACUUUUUAGUCCUGACUGAUACGCAUUUGUUCACAUCUGAAGACGUGGAGUUGAUCAAUUCUGCGGUCACGUGGCCUACUAGGGCGGCACCCAUUUUUGACAAACAUGACGAGGUAAUUGAUUAA